UAUCUUGCGCUCAGCUAUGUGUGGGGCGAGGACCAGAUACACAAGACCACGAGAUCCAACCUUUCCACGUACAAACGUGGUAUCGAACCUUCCCUUCUCCCUGCUACAAUCCGCGACGCAAUCCGAGUCACGCAUAUGCUGGGUUUCCGAUGGCUCUGGGUCGAUAGCUUAUGCAUCCUGCAAGACUCGGACGAGGACAAGUUGCACGAAGUCGGCCGCAUGCAUAAUAUCUACCGUUAUGCGCAUCUGACGAUCAUCGCCGCAAGUGCAGAUAAAGCCAGCGAGGGCUUCCUCCACACGCGGUCUCCCCCAGAAGACGAGAUAGUUCUCCCCUUCAUCUGUCCACCCAAUACUUUGGACUCUACGGGGUGUCGGGAUGACCAUUUUGAGGCACAGCCGCAGAGUGGUACGGUGUGCUUCGGUCCAGAAUCUUUGGCGUGCAACUCGUACAGUGAUGACUUUGGGCUCAUGUGCAAGCGCGCCUGGUGCAUGCAAGAGUACCUGGUGUCCCCGCGCUCCCUCAUCUUCACCCCGAGGACACUCCAUUUCAGGUGCCUUACGGGAAUGCGAGGGGUUGGGGAAGGCUCGCUCGGCCCCGCGUACGACAAACCCCAGAUACCCCAAACACUCUUCCUCCAGGACCCUCCCGUGGCAAAACCUGGUUCCCCGGAGUGGAUUGACAUGCACGAGGCCUGGCUGGAGGUCGUAGGCGACUACAGCAGUCGUACGGCUAGCGUCGAGUCGGACAAGCUGGUCGCUUGCGCCGCGGUUGCGGAGCAAUUCCACCGUGUCCUGCGCUCUGACUAUCUCGCAGGUUUGUGGCGCUCGGAUGCGCUCCUCAUCGACCUGGUAUGGACAACUGUCGAGCUUGAAGAUCCAAUACCUGAACGUCCAUUGCACAUUCGACCGACAGCAUACCGUGCGCCUUCAUGGUCAUGGGCGGCGAUCGAAGGAGACGUCUGUCAGUCUUUUCCGAUCACAUCGUACUACGACGGCGGUGGCAUCGCGCUCGCAAAGAUCAUAGACUGCCGAGUCACCCUCCAAGAUGCUGCCCUUCCGUUCGGUAGAGUCACCGGCGGGAUGCUCGUUCUG